CGGUUACAACUUCCCAACUGCAGUUACUGUCACCAUGUAUGGUAUAAAUGGUACAGUGUGUUCUGAUGGCUGGGGUGAUGAAGAAGCUAAUGUAGUAUGUAAACAGGCAGGCUUUAGAUCUGGUAUAGCUCUAGGACAGAGCACGUCAUAUUAUUAUUCCGCCAAAACCACUCCAAGUCUUUUGUCCGGCUUUAAUUGUACGGGAAGGGAGUAUAACCUUCAGAGCUGUCCGGUCUCUACCGUUAUACCAACAUCUUGUGCACCGUAUAGGAAACGAUCUGCAGCAAAAGUUUAUUGUUUCAACACUGAUACUGCUACCGAAGUGAAACUGACUGGAGGAGUUUCCAACAGCCAGGGUAUCGUUAAUAUUAAAAUCAAUGGUCAAUGGGGAACAAUUUGUGAUAGCUAUUUCAGCAGGAAUGAUGCUAAAGUAGUGUGUAAACAAUUAGGAUAUUUGGAUGGAACUGCCAAAUCCAGAUCCAUGUAUGGUAAUGGAACUGGGCUUGCGUACUUAAGAAGUCCCAGGUGUACUGGAUCAGAGAGUAGUAUAUGGAACUGUCCGAUUUCAGGAUUUAAUGUGACAACUAGAUCUUGCCUUAACCAUAAUUAUGAUGCCAGAGUUGCAUGUACAGGAUACGUGCGACUUCAACCCAACGAAAGAUUUGGUGCCGUACAAGUAUACAACCCGUCUCUUAGAAGAUAUGGCUUAGUCUGCGCUGAGAACUUUACAGAUGUUGAUGCCACGGUAGCAUGUAAUGAAAUGGGUUUUGAUUAUGGUAUUAGUGUUUGCUGUUCGGCUUUUGGUACACUGUAUUCUUACACUGCUAUCGUCAGAUCCAAGAUAUCAUGUACUGGACGUGAACCAUCAUUAUUGAACUGUAGUUACGAAAGUAGCUUGACAUAUUGUCCCACCAGAAAAUAUGCUUCAGUGGCGUGCUCUAAUAUAUCACCCAACACAGGAUAUGAACUACAAAUUGGUUCAAGCGCAACAACGCAAGUUUCUAAAGGACGUGUUCAAGUCACACAUAUGGGUAUAACAGGUUAUAUCUGUCCUGAUGGAUUUGACAAUAAUGAUGCUAACGUUAUCUGUAAGAUGAAAGGAUUUCAUGGUGGGUUUGCGUAUAUGUAUAGAAACUACUAUAGAAACAUGGUCAGUGAUAUGAGAUGGCUGUCUAAUAUCCAGUGUACUGGUACCGAAUCAUCGCUAAACCGAUGUGGUGGAAUGGUUUGGGGUGAUAUAAAAACAUGUUCUUCAUAUGGUGAUGCCGCUGUUUAUUGUUAUGCAACCUCAGGCCUGGAAGUUCGUUUAAGUGGAACAAAGAGUAGUGUAGGAAGAGUAGAGGUAGCUAUUGAUGGUGUUUGGGGCAAAAUGUGUUUAUACUCAUCCUACUAUCGAAGCAGAGUUGCUGAUGUUGUCUGCCGACAGAAGGGUUUCACAGGUGGAACAUCAACUACGCGCACAAGAAACCAAGGCACCGGACCUGUAUAUAUAACUAAUUUAUACUGCCAGGGAACAGAGAAUUCUCUUGAAGAAUGUGGUAUAACCUGGGGAACGACGACUUCGUGUUAUAACCUUAAUGUCAAGUGCCACGGAGACGUUCGUUUAGCUGGUGUUAGUAACAGACCUGACUAUGGCAGAGUCGAAAUGAAGAAAGGUGAUUCGUGGGUUCCUAUUUGUGAUGACCAGUUUACGGAUUUAGCAGCUCGUGUAGUCUGUAAAAAUUUGGGUUACGCCGACGGUAAGAUGCUGUGUUGUAAUGCAGUUGGUCGAUUGUAUUAUUACAGAACCCAACCAAAUAUCACUAUCACCAGUUGUACUGGAACCGAGUCAAGUCUUAAGGCAUGUCAAUCAACAGCAGGCGUUUGUGCUUCAGGAAAAUACGUCAGUGUAUAUUGUUCACCGACAACCAUUAUAGCCGGAAACAUAACGGUGAACAUUGAAAAUAAUCAAAACAAGGGUGCCGUAAAUGCGUCUAAGUAUGGUUUCUAUGGACCAAUAUGUAAUACUGGGUGGACAAAUGCGGAUGCUAAUGUUACAUGUAGACAAGCAGGUAAACGUGGUGGUGUGGCCAUGUUAGCAACAACACGUUCAAAUCAGCCCAUGGUACUAGGAGGCUAUAACUGUACUGGUACUGAAACAAGUUUAGAUAGUUGUAGUUCCAAGGGUUUUGGCGAAGAUAAAGGGUGUUCUUCUCCUAAUUCUUAUAGAAGAUCAGUUGCUGGUGUUCUGUGUUAUAAUAAUGGAGGAAUUGAUAUUAAGUUGGUUAAUGGUACGUCAAGAGCAGGUCGAGUAAGAAUAUUAUAUGAGACGACAUGGGGACGUGUCUGCCAGACAUAUUUGAGUUCGUCAACUGCUAAUGUGGCCUGUCGUCAGUUAGGUUUCAGAGGCGGUUAUUACGAUAAUACUAGAGGACAAGCAAUUUCGUAUGGUCAGCUUGGUAAAGUAUGGAUGGAUGAUGUGCGAUGUUCAGGAACAGAAUCGUCACUAUUUGAGUGUAACAGCUACAGAUGGAAUCCUGGUACAUCCGCUUACAGAUACUCUAGAUGGUCAUGGAGUUGGGGUGGUUCUUCCAGAAACAAAAAAUGUUACGAUCUGUCUGUUUCCUGCUACAAUGACGUGCGAUUAACAUCUGGUAAUACCCCAUCAGACGGAACGGCUGAAAUAUUUUUCCAAAAUACCUGGGGAUCGCUCUGUGAUCACAACUGGAGUCCAGCAAAUACGAGAGUAGCGUGUAAACAGUUGGGUUACGAUGAUGGAGUCAUGGCUUGUUGUGGAGCUUUUAGCUCUCACCAAAUAGCUGUAAUGGAGAAUGUAAGAUGUAGUGGUUCAGAAGAUCGAAUACAAGAUUGUCCACACGACAAUCCUCUAUCCACAAGAUGUUACAAGCACAAUGUAGGUUUAGUUUGCUAUACAGGGACACAACCAACAACCUUCACAUGGAGUCUCGGCGGUGGUAAUAAUUAUACGGGGGAAGUAUUAGUAAAUUAUUUGGGUACAACUGGUAGAAUAUGUUCUGAUGAUUGGGAUGAUAAUGAUGCUAGAGUAGCUUGUAGAGAACUAGGUUAUAGGAAUGGAACAGCUUAUAAUCAUGUCAGAUUUGAUUAUUAUUAUUCUUCUAAUGGACCUUACUGGAUUAGUAAAAUGGCGUGUACUGGUACAGAAAGAAAUCUUACAGCUUGUCCUAGAACUACAACAUUGGGUGCUGUUAAGACAUGUACGAGUGGUAAAGGAGCUGGUAUUAUGUGCACAGACUCUUCAGGUAUUUACUAUAGAAUAGCUGGUGGAACACAAGAUAAUGUUGGAAGAGUUGAAGUAUCUGUGAAUGGAGUAUGGGGUUCUGUUUGUGGAUAUUACUUUGAUGAUAGGGAAGCCAACGUUUUCUGCCGUAAUCUGGGUUACUCUGAUGGGCGGACACAGAAAAAAGAUUACCCCGGCGCUGGUGGACCAGUAUAUAAGGCUAGUUUCCAGUGUACGGGAGAUGAAUCGAAUCUAGCAGCAUGUCCACACGGUGGUUGGAGCACGGUGUCAACAACAGAUUGGUACUGUGGGAAUCAUAAAUGGGAUGCCGGAAUCGUCUGUUAUGAAGAUGUACGUUUGGCCAGUGGGUUUGCACCUAGCGAAAAAGAGGGGCCAGUUCAAUUUUUUGCAAAUAACACAUGGAAUUUAGUUUGUGAUACCGGCUUUACUGAUUUAAGUGCCAAGAGAUUAUGUCAGGAUAUCGGUUUUGAUGAUGGAAGGGCUGUCUGUUGCUCGGCGUAUGGUACUAAAUAUUUCUGGACUAAUGGCGGAAGACAAUUAAGCAACAUGAGUAUGGCAUGUUCAGGAGCUGAAACUAGUUCCAUGGAUUGCUUACAGCCUAUGCCCUGUGACUCACAGAAUUAUGCUUCCGCGAUCUGUUUUAACAGCACUGAUAUAAUUGAUGAAAGCUACCGCUUUCAAUUCGAUGCUCCAACAGACACGAAUGGCAGGAUUGAUGUAUAUCACUAUGGUACAAAGGGUCGGAUCUGUAACUCAUUCUGGGAUGAUACCAAUGCUAAAGUUUAUUGUAAAAAACGUGGAUUCCCCGAUGGUAUAGCGUACCAUUCUUCUUACUGGACAUGGAAUACAAUUGAUGAUCGAGGUCCCUAUUGGGCAAGUGCCAUGAACUGUACAGGCACAGAGCCGGCUUUGCAGAACUGUUCAUUCAAUGACAGGCUGAACCUUGGAGACUGUGCAAAGUCUGAUGUAGCAGCAGCUGCUUGUUUCAGUGACACAACAGGAAUUAAGUACAGAUUAGCUGGUGGUGGAAACGAUAGACAAGGGAGAGUAGAAAUCAGUGUUGGUGGUGUUUGGGGAACAGUCUGUGACUCUUUCUGGGAUAACAGAGAAGCCGGUGUAAUGUGUCGUCAACUUGGUUUCUCCGAUGGUUAUGCUCUUAGAAAUGCGUAUUAUGGACAGGGUACUGGGCCAAUAUGGCUGAGUAACAUUCGAUGUGACGGAACGGAAACCGAACUACACAAAUGCCCUCAUGCUGGAUUCAGUAGCGAAGUUAUAGAUAGCAAUUCCUAUAGUUAUUUGCGAUGUAAGACACACUAUGAUGAUGCUUCUGUCCACUGUGUAGAUAAAGUGCGACUAAACCAGGGUCUGAAUGCUACGAUGGGAGGCGUUGAAGUAUAUUAUGCUAAUAAGUGGGUAGCAGUUUGUGAUGAUGGCUUCAAUCAAAUCGCAGCACAGAUUGUUUGCAGAUCGUUAAAUUUCCCCCAUGGUAUAAAACUAGCAGGUUCUUCUUUCGGCAGAUCAAGAACUAUAGGCGUCUUUAAUGUGCAAUGUACCACAACAAUGAAAGAUUUUGCAGCAUGUAAACAAUCAUUUGUUGGAACCUGUGCCAGUGGACGAUAUGCCUCAGUGAUUUGUAGUCAAACACCGAUUGUUAAUAAUGGUUUUAAACUGGAGCUGGAGACGGAUACAACCGGGGGUAAAUCGGGUUACUUAAAGGUGCAGUAUAACGGUAUAUGGGGAGGUGUGUGUUCAGCAGGUUUUGAUAAUAAGGAAGCUACUGUAGCAUGUAAACAGUUAGGCUUCAAGGGUGGUGUACCCUACAAUCCAAGCCUGUACAUGCGCAAUAUAAGACCUAUUCUGAUGACAGACAUUAAGUGUACUGGUUCAGAAACAUCUUUUGAUUCAUGUAGUCACUCUACUACAUCUACAUCUAAUAACUGGUGUGAUUAUUAUUCACCAAGAGCUGGAGUCGUUUGCUACAACACAGUUAACGGCAUACAAUAUCGAUUAACUGGCGAUACAGACCCUACUCGUGGUAGACUGGAAAUGCAGUAUGAUGGACAGUGGGGAGCAUUUUGUGAUUCCUGGAUAGAUGCACGAGUGGGCAAAGUCAUCUGUAAGCAAAGCGGCUUCGCAGAUGGUAUCAUGGUAUCUGGAGCCAAAUACAAAUCUGAUAGUUACGAACCGCACUGGUUCACAGAUGUUCGCUGUACUGGCAACGAAAGCUCCAUUACUAUGUGCAGAAAUAAUGGUUUCAACAACAGUGAUUGGGGAUAUAUAUCUUCUUAUUGCAAAAAUUAUAUAGGACCGGUGUCUGCGCAAUGCUACAAAUCGCCUUUGAAACUAACCAACAUUCGAUUGGCCGGCGGUGACAACGCUUCUGGUAGAGUGGAAGUCUACGUAGAGGGUCCAAACUUAUGGGGAACGGUCUGUGAUGACCUGUGGUCAGAUGAUGAUGCUGCUGUCAUAUGUCACCAACUUGGAUAUGCUACAGGAACUGCGGUUAAAAGAGCCCAGAACUUUGGACAAGGAACAGGUCCAAUAUGGUUGGAUAAUGUCGGUUGUCUUGGAACCGAAGACGACAUAAGAGACUGUAAACAUAACGGCUUGUCGGUUCAUAAUUGUCAACAUUAUGAGGAUGCCGGGGUAUUUUGUGGUGGUGGUGUUUACAUUCCUCCAACAACUAACCCCUCUGUGUCACCCAACACCGGUAUGCCCACAGGAUCAACUGAUAAAGGAGGUCCAGACAAGGACAAGUUAAAAGGUUCGGGAAGUCCUGACAACACAGCUGCCAUUGUGGUUCCUAUAGUUUUGAUAAUUGUCGUGGCUGCUGCCGUUUCCGGCUUUUUCUACUACAGACGUAUUAACCGAUUUUCUGGAUUAAAGGAGGAUCUUGUUGCUGACCAGCCCAAACUGGGUGGUGUCACUCUUGGAAGGACUGGUGCUUUCUUCUCAAAAUUCCGCGCAAAACCAUCAACUGAUGGUACUGGUGGCCAACCUGGUAUGUCUAAUCCAACCUAUGAAUUUGAUCAUGAAGCGGAUGCUUAAUUCAUGCUAAAUUGUAUUGUUAUUUUAUAUUUUUGAUUGUCUAAAUUCAUUUUAAUAUUUAUGAUGCACAUAUUUUAAAUAUAUUUUGAUAAAACGUUGCUAGCUAUUUUUGUAUAUUUGAUAGAAUUUAUUUAAUGUUAUAUUUAAGAUUGCCUAUUUUUGAUUGUCUAAAAUCAUUUUGAUAUUUAUGAUGCACAUAUUUUAAAUAACUUGUUAAAACAUUACCAGUUGUUUUUGUACAUUUGACAGAAUUUAUUUAGUGUCAUUUAAGAUUUUGUGUAUAUAUGUAAAUAUCCGGUCUGUUAUAAUCCCAUGUAUAUAUAUACAUAUACUUAAAAUGUGAAGAUCAAAGAAUUAAUAUUGAAAACUUACUUUGACAUAAAGAAAAUAUUGCUUUUAAAUAAUUUCGUCUAUUCAAACCACAUUUUGUUGUCCAUUCAUUUCAUAACACAUUUAUUGGUGGAU